CGAGUGCGAUUGUUUUCUGUCUUUUGCUGCAUAGUCUAGAAAUUCCCCACCUGCUAUAUCCGACCUUCCCAAAGCAUAGCUGGAGUAAUUCUGGAUAUCCAGAACACUGUGCACUUCCGUGUGGUUGCGUGCGUGAGAAGCUGUUCGUGGGAAAGUGCUACGUUGCGCCUUCUAAAAUUGUGUGUACGGAGCUAGGUACGGCCAUAACAACCGUGUGACACCACUCCCGAAGAAUUGUUGUUUUCGCGUGUAGAAUCCGUCAUUUUAUCCGUACCCAAAAGGUUGCUGUGAAGAAAGGUUUCACAUUUCGCGGUGGCUAGCGAAUUACAGUGGUCGCGGCAGUAGAGUGUUUGAAGCAGUAGAGCGCAUUUUGCCAUCUUUCCCCCCCCCCACUCAUAAAUCAAGUGUCCUCAUUUUUCAGUCCCAAGUAAUCAUCGAUACGUCAACAAACGGUGGACAAUCGGUGAUUUCGCUCUGUUGUUCCGCUGGAAGUUGAACUUCAAUCCUGUCCGUAAUCUAAGGCGCGGUCGUCAUUAGCAUCUAACGUAACUCCCACGAAACGCUAACAGCUGUCCGGUACCAGCGGGAAUUCCCAGCCAUCCGCAGCAACCAUUGAACGUAACAUCAAGUUUGGGAAGGCGUGCACAGUAUAGCGAAUCGAGCGUUGGUGUGGCGAACGUGCUUCGGAAACUGCAGCCCGACACUAAACAAUCAUCAGCCGGAAUCGUUAUCCUACGGGCGGGCGCCUUCUGGAGUGUGUUCUAGGGCAUCAGCGUCGUGUGAUCAAUUGACGGUCUCAUCAUCGUUUUGGAAGCGCGUGGGUUACACGGUGUGCAAUCUCGCGUGUGAUUGAUUAUUGGCUAGCGUGUGCGUCGAGUUCGUGAUUGGAUUUUCUCUCGGAACCGCUGUAUUCGAACCGGCGCGGCGGAAUCAGAUCACGUAUCGCAGAGUGCGGAGUGAAUUAAACAGACGUUACCCAUCCUCCCCCAAGCCCCCAGGCAAAACAAUGUCGAACGCACAGGAGGAAGAGCAACACCUGCGGGAGUGUGAAUCGUACAUCCAGACGCACCGGAUCCAGCGGUUGCUGAAGGACUGCAUUGCGCAGCUGUGCGUGUCCCGGCCCGACAAUCCGAUCGUGUUCCUGCGGCAGUACUUCCAGAAGCUGGAACGGGAACAGGCAAAGCUGGACGCCAGCAAGCAAGCGGCCACGCCGGACGAUCUCGACGAUCUGAGCCCGAUGCCACAGACGGCGGUACCGCCGGUACGGCGCAGGGGCGGCAUCUCGGCCGAACCGGUCACCGAGGAGGACGCCACCAGCUACGUGAAGAAAGUCGUGCCGAAGGAUUACAAAACGAUGGCCGCGCUGUCGAAAGCGAUUGCGAAGAAUGUGCUGUUUUCGCAUCUGGACGAAAACGAACGGUCGGACAUCUUCGACGCGAUGUUUCCCUGCAACUUUCUGCCCGGCGAACCGAUCAUUCAGCAGGGCGACGAGGGUGACAACUUUUACGUCAUCGACAUCGGCGAGGUUGAGGUCUUUGUAAAUCAUGAGCAGGUAACGACGAUCAGCGAAGGUGGCAGCUUCGGUGAGCUGGCCUUGAUCUAUGGUACGCCCCGUGCGGCCACCGUCCGUGCCAAAACUGAUGUGAAGCUGUGGGGCAUCGAUCGGGAUUCGUACCGCCGCAUUCUGAUGGGUUCGACGAUUCGGAAGCGCAAAAUGUACGAAGAGUUCUUGUCGCGCGUCUCAAUUCUAGAGAGUCUCGAUAAAUGGGAACGACUAACGGUGGCCGAUGCGCUUGAGCCGGUUAGUUUUGAGGAUGGAGAAACAAUCGUGAAACAAGGUGAACCGGGCAACGAUUUCUACAUUAUCGUGGAAGGAUGUGCAACCGUCAUGCAGAAGCGUGGAGAGAAUGAAGAAGCUGCUGAAGUUGGUCGCCUUGGUCCAUCGGAUUACUUCGGAGAGAUUGCGCUGCUGCUCGAUCGACCCCGUGCCGCAACCGUCAUCGCCCGUGGUCCGCUCAAAUGUGUCAAGUUGGACCGGGCCCGGUUCGAACGUGUGCUCGGCCUGUGUGCCGAUAUUCUCAAGCGAAACAUUACCCAGUAUAACAGUUUCGUUUCGCUGUCCGUUUAAGCGCAAAGCUACUGCAAAGAAUCGCCGCUGAACACAUUGCCACACGGCUGGACACGUACUGCAUCGAACAUAACGAGCCAGACUAUCGAGUUGGUGAUACUGAUUGCAAGUCCAUUAGCGAAGUGCUUUUGUCUAGUUCUGCGCAGGUUCUUGUCGUCUAUUAUUUGUUUAGAUGUGUAUCCGUGUUAGCAACGUGGAACAUAGAAUGUUGAGGGGUGUGGCAUUGACUGCAUAUGGCAUGUGACGGAUGCAGAAAGAAUAGAAAGAAACUAGCAAUUAUUUCCGGUCUUCAUCCUUCCUUUAGUGAGGCGAACGUUUUCGUUCUGUUUGAUGUUGCAGCAUGCAAAGCAAAUUCUCACACAUUGAAAGAUUUUCAAUUCACCAUCAAUUCUCACCCAUUUUGCUCGGUGAAGCGGAACAAACCCCGGCUACAAAAUAGAACUUGAACUGGAGGUACGUGCAGCUGAUGUGCAUACGAUUUGCUGGACGAAAAUGGUGCAUGUGUUGAUGCGUUUGCACAUGCGUAUAGUUUACUUAAACGAAGGGUCCGGAAGAGCAACAGUGACCAGCACUCGAUAACUGUCGUGGGUAGCGUAACGCUGUGUAAUUAUCUGUUUCGAACCGAACCAAUGCUGUAUUAAAACCGGUUCACCGGUACAGAUAAAAGUAAAAAGCAGUAAAAUGGAGUACGAAAAUGGAGAAAAAAAAUGCAGUAAUCCAGAUACGGAAGGUUAGAACUAUUAGUUAGAAAGAGUGCACUGCGCGCUUGUGCAUAGUAUCGAGGUAGAUUGUCAGCGUUUAAUUUGAUGCGUUAACAAAUAUCUCUAUAAAUUAAUGCAAUGAAUUAGUUAAGUAUUUAUAACCGACUAUUUGUGUUAAGAUGGCAGGCAACGUCAGUGUAAAAAGGCAGCAAAAAUCGAGAAAAGGAAUGGGCAGUGGCACAGGAACAAACGGAGGUAUAAGAAAUGCAUCUUGUAUAGAAAAUAGUCUAAAACAUGACUGUGUUAGGGAACACACGAAAACAAAAAUCAAACGAUGGGGAAAGGCGGCACCAAACGUUCAGUGAAAACAUGCUAAAACAAUAGAGAAAGAGAAACAAAAAAGAUGUAACAAUCGAACUUGUCCAAAAGAGCUAAGGAAAACAACAAUUGGAAAUUGCAAGAGUACGACUUCUUAACAAUUUUUAAUCGAUAUGUUUUAUCGAAAUUUGUAAUUGAAAAUCAAUUUUGUAAACA